GACACUGCUUUCUUUUCUGUUCCGUAUUAAAAGCAGCAACAAAGAAACAAUCCCAUUCCUUUCCAUCAUGCAGAAAAAUGUUAACACUAACAAAGGGUCUCCUGGUGAGGUCCACCAUCUCCCCUCCUUUCCCCUUCAGGCACUAGAGAAAACCACUGCAAGAGAGGCGACAGUGCAACAGACAACGCACACUUUUGUCUCUGCAUUUCGUCAAUACUACUCCUCUCCUCAUCAUCAUCAGUCUGCAAUAAAAAAGAACAACAACACUGACUAUUCACAAAACAUCAACAUAAACUUUAUUUUUUUAUUUUUUGCGUCACACCCUGUGUGCAAGAAAACACAACCCAAGUGA